UUAUUUUGAGUUUUAGCUUUUGUUUUUUUUAAUAUAUUUGUGUGAUUGUUUUAUGAUAGCCGGCGAUGCCUACGCCGGUUUGUGUAGCGCGGCAAUGCUUGACGCCGGAGGCAGCUCACGCGCUAGACGAGGCGGUGAGCGUUGCGCGACGGAGGGGACACGCACAGACGACGUCGCUCCACGCCGUAUCGGCUCUACUGUCUCUCCCUUCCUCGGCCCUGCGCGACGCCUGCGCUCGUGCACGUAACGCGGCGUACUCCCCGAGACUGCAAUUCAAAGCGCUGGAGCUUUGCUUGAGCGUGUCGCUGGACCGAGUCCCGUCGAGUCAACUUAGCAGCGACCCGCCCGUGUCGAACUCGCUCAUGGCCGCGAUAAAGCGGUCCCAAGCGAACCAGCGGAGGCAGCCUGAAAAUUUCCACCUUUACCGCGAAAUCUCGCAGCAGAAUCCUUCCAAUAUCUCGUGCGUCAAAGUCGAGCUCCAACACUUGAUUUUGUCGAUCCUCGAUGACCCGGUCGUGAGUAGGGUGUUCGGCGAAGCGGGUUUCCGGAGCUCCGAAAUCAAGCUGGCAAUCAUCCGCCCCCUCCCUAAUCUCUUAAGGUACUCUCGACCACGUGGCCCGCCGAUUUUCCUUUGUAAUUUAGAAAAUUCGGAUCCGGGUUGUGAAACCGCCCGGGUUUCUGGUCGACGGGGCUUCAGUUUCCCGUUCCCGGGUUUCGCGUCUUUUUUUGAAGGAGAAGGAGAAGAAAACUGUAGGAGAAUAGGAGAAGUUUUGGCGCGAAGGAGGAAUCCUCUACUUGUCGGUGUAAGCGCUUACGAUGCACUCGCGAGUUUCACGGAAAGUUUGGAGAAAAAAAAAGAUAGUUUCUUGGUCAAAGAAAUCUCGGGUUUAAACAUAAUUUGCGUCAAAAAUUUUAUCUUAAAGUGUAUGAACGAGGGUUUUAACAAACGGGAAGUGGAUUUACAGUUCGAAGAAAUGGGUCUGGUCAUGGAGCGGGAAAUGGGAGGAACCGGACUGGUGGUGAACUAUGGGGAUUUGAACAUUCUCGUCAGUGACAAGAGUGAAAAAAAUGGUGACGACGACGACUACGACGACGAUGACGACAAGGUUGAUGAAGAUGGAGUUGGUUAUGUGGUUGCACAGCUAACGAGGCUAUUACAAGUUUAUGGGGGGAAAGUUUGGCUGUUGGGGGCUGCAGCGAGCUACCAGACUUAUUUGAAGUUCUUAAGUAGGUUUCCUUCGGUUGAAAAAGAUUGGGAUUUGCAGAUUUUGCCUAUUACUUCUCUUAGAAAUCCAUUGGCUGAGCCUUAUCCAAAGUCCAGCUUGAUGGAGUCAUUUGUUCCGUUUGGUGGGUUCUUUUCUACACCUUCUGAGUCAAAGGGGUCUUUAAGCAGCUCAUAUCAGCAUGUCCCCCGCUGUCAUCAAUGCAAUGAGAGGUGUGAACAAGAAGUAAUUGCAAUUUCCAAGGGAGGAUUCAAUGUUUCAGUGGCAGAUCAGUACCAAUCUACUUUGCCUUCCUGGUUGCAGAUGACCGAGCUUGGAGCAAACAAGGGAUUAGAUGUAAAGACCAAAGAUGAUGGACUGUUAUUAAACACUAAGGUAGCAGGACUGCAAAAGAAGUGGGACAAUAUAUGCCAGCGCCUUCAUCACACUCAUCCCGUCCCUGAGUCAAACACUUAUCAAGCAAAUCCUCCAUUCCCAAGUGUUCUAGGCUUUCACAUCAUCCAAGACAAGAAGGAAAAUGCUCAUGGUCAUGGUGGCAACAUCGCAAAUACACUGCCCAAUGAAAAUAAUUGCAUAAAUGUAAAUUCAUCCUUGCCUGUUAAUUUCCAAAAGAUGUCAACAUCACAAUCAGACAUUCCUUUCUCUGUGGUUUCCAUGACUAAAAAUGGAAGUUUCCUGUCCAAACUGCGGGAAAAACCUUCCAAAGAAGGUUAUUUCGAGGCAAUUGAACCCAUAUCUCCUUGCAGCUUGUCCAAUUCAAGUGUGGGUGAUGUUAGUCAAGCAUCUCCUACAUCUGUGACUUCUGUGACAACAGAUUUAGGGUUGGGUAUAUGCUCAGUUUCUUCAUGUAACAAAUUGAAGAAACCUACAAAUCAAAACCACACAGGGCUUGCACAGGAAUUCUUAGGUUGCCUUCCUGCAAAUGUUGAUGUUAUCAAUGGGAGUGUCUCUAGCCAUCAAGCUCAGUCGUCAUCUUCUUCAUCUCCUGAGUGUGGUGGACAGCUUGAUCCAAGCAACUUCAAGAAGCUUUUUACAGCUGUCACUGAAAGAGUCGAUUGGCAGGAUGAAGCUGUGAGUGUUAUUUGCCAAACAGUAGCCAACAGCCGAGCAAGAAAUGAGAGAUGUCAUGGAGCCAGUCGAAGAGGUGAUAUAUGGUUGAAUUUCAGUGGACCUGAUAGGUGUGGCAAAAUGAAAAUUGCUGUUGCACUUGCUGACAUAAUAUAUGGAAGCAGAGAGAAUUUUAUCUGCAUAGAUCUAAGUUCCCAAGAUGGGGUUCUCCAUACACAGUUGCUCUUCAAUUGCCAGGAAGUGAAUUAUGAUCUAAGAUUUCGAGGGAAGACUGUGGUUGAUUAUGUUGCUGAGGAGUUGAGCAAAAAGCCCCUGUCUGUUGUGUACCUUGAAAAUGUAGAUAAAGCUGAUAUUCAGGUUCAGAGCAGCUUGUCUCAGGCUAUCCGGACUGGUAAGUUUUUAGACUCACAUGGAAGAGAAGUCAGCACUAACAAUGCAAUAUUUGUGACUACUUCAACAUUAGCAAAGGAAAAUCAAGUUGUUUGUCAUAAAACAGAAACAUCUAACUAUUCUGAAGAUAAAGUAUUGAGAGCCAAGGGCUGGCCACUGCAGAUAUUGAUCAAGCAUGACGACAACACAAUUGGCCAAGACUUGAUGGCACCUGUUACAGCAAGAAAAAGUGUCUCUAAGCUGGGCUUUUUGAAUAAAAGAAAGCUAAUUGGCUCCCAUGAAACUCUGGAGCAGCAUGAGAUCAUGGAAAUGGCCAAACGGCCUAAUAGGACAUCAUCUUGGAAUCUAGAUUUGAACAUCCCUGCUGAAGAAAGCGAAGUGCAGGAAGCUGAUGAUGGAACUGUUGACAAUGACUCUGUUGCUGAGAACCCAACACCUUGGUUGCAAGAUUUCUUUGGUCAGCCUGUCAAGAAUGUGGUUUUCAAGCCAUUUGAUUUUGAUGCACUUGCAGAGAGACUACUGAAUGAUAUAAACCAGAGUUUCUGCAAGUUCAUUGGCUCAGACUGCUUGUUAGAUAUUGACUCAAAAGUUAUGGAACAACUACUAGCAGCUUCAUAUUUAUCUGAUGAGACUAUGGUGGUGACCGAUUGGGUGGGACAAGUUCUUAGCAGGGGAUUUGCACAAGUUGAGGAAAGGUAUAACCUUAACACUCACUCUGUUGUGAAACUCGUUGCCUACGAGGGUCUUCCUUCCGAGGACAAAACACUAGGAGUUCGCCUUCCCCCCAAAAUUAUUCUGAACUAAUGUCCUUUCAAAAGCCUAAUCCUGUAGCUAGGUGUAUAAGCAUUUAGUGUCUAGCGAAUUAUGUCUAGUUGUUAGUCCCAUAAAUUUUUUGGGCUUUCUUCUCUUCUUCCAGGUUGCUAGGUUGUGUAUUGCACCAUGUAUAAUCUGUAGUUAAGUGCUAGUGUGGUAUAUCCUCACCAUGAAAAAAAACACACUUGUUAGUUGCUCAAAUUUUUUCCUUGGUUUGAUUUGCUUAUGGCUGUAAAUGCUUUACAACUUUUUGCCAAGGUCUCUGUUAUCUCAAUGGGUAGUGUUCAGCAAUGGAGGCAGUCAGCAACUAGAUUGUGCUGUUUAUUUCGUCUUAAUCUCCUGGAAAUGAAAUAAUUUACGACAGAUUCAAGUGUUUAGCCUUGUUGGUUCUGUCAUGUCAUGUCCCCCUUCA